AUGAGCACGCUUCCGUCCUCGACGGGCAAUCAGACCUGGACAAGCUAUACCCGUCCUGCGUCUACAAACGAGCCUCGCCCGUCCAUGGCUGUAGCCCCGGCAGCUCCUGCCCAACAGCUCAUCGACUUGUCCGCCUCCGACGGCGGCCCGUUGGAUUCUGAACAGCCUCACAAAAGACCUAGGUUGGACACAAAUGUGGCUGCGCUCGGGCACGACGGCCGAACUCCUUCUAAAAGCGCCGAAGCUCGAAGCGUCAUACUCAAUGGCAGUACUGCACGAACUACUGCGGUUUCUGGCCGCAGCCGGCCUGCCUACUCUUUCCAAGAGCUAGUCACCGACACGUAUGGAGGGGUUGCCUUCACAGCGAAUGCGACUCCCGGCUCGCAAACCCCCAAACCCCCGUCCCCGCCGCCGUUUCCCGUUCGACCCUGGAUGCACGCUCCUGCACGCCAGUCGCAAGUUGAAAAUGUUGGUCCGCCAGAAGAUACCCGUUCCCGCGACGUCCAGACCAAUCCCUACCGCCCAGAAAUCCCAACUAUUGCUCCACGCCUCAACAGGGAAAAAGUGGCCGAUUAUUCACCGUGGAGCCGCUUAGGGAACCAUCCUGAAGACAAACUAACCGAGUUCGCCGUCAAGCAGGGGUAUUAUGACAAAAUACCAGGCUCAAGUAACAACGAUUUACAACCAAACACUUCCAAACUUUCUGGUCAUUUGAAGAAUCGAUCCGGCUUACAACUUUUGUCCGCCGUGUUUGCUGCCGCUCUAGAUAAGAGGCAAGUACAUGAUAAGAUCUCUUCAACAUCGACUUUCAAACCUCCGCCCCGUGUCACUCUCACAGACAACAAGCGAGAAGCGUGGCUCCGAGAUUUGGCAAACUCUGCCGUUCCUUUACGAAGAUUAAGCCGAACAAUUCCGCAUGGCAUUCGGGGAAAAGUCCUGCUCGACCAAUGUCUGGGCAAGGGAGUUCCCAUCGGAAGAGCUGUGUGGUUGGCGAAAUGCGUUGGUGCCAAUGAAAUUCGCGCGUUCAAGAGAAAAGGAACCAGCGGCUCGCUCUCACAUGGACUGGAAAUAAAAUGGGUUCGUGAGUGGACGAUCGGCGUGCAACAAUUCAUUGAAGGAGUGAUAGGUGCAUGUGGCAAGGAGGGUUGGCGAAGCAAAAUGACUUAUGCAGUGAGACUCGCUGCUCGUCUGUUCUUCGAAAAUUUGCUUGACCAGGAUUGCUACCUUGAUUGGUAUAUGUCUUCGAUAGAGGCUUCUACUUUAGACGUUUUCCCUAUCUGGCUUGCGAUGCUUAGUAUCUAUUGGGAAAACCUAGUAAGAUUCAGACAACGGGGGAGACGUCUUUCGGAAGCGCUGCUAGAAAAGCUCAGAGAAGCUACAUUAUCCGAGUACAAAGCACAUCUACAGCCCUUGAUUGAUCGAGUUUCAGUGAUAGUCCGCCGACUCUGCCAAAACCAUUCACCUUGCGUUAUUCUUCCUCGGUCAUGGGAUCGAUAUCAGGAUAUCAUAUCUUCUUUACUCAUGUCCGAUGAUCCAAAGGAAAAGGCCCUUUUCCAAUCUCUUGUUCUUCGCAAUGCACGUGUUCAGAGACCCCGAGCAUACAUUUCAAACAGUCGACGUUCACCACAGCAGCAAAUCAUUAAGCUUCUGGACUCUUCUCGCGAUGCCUACAACAUAGGUGCUCUGUCGCAUACUUGCCUCAGUAUUAUGCCGAAUCGAGGAGAACUUGUUUCUGUAUUGUUGAAGUGGACAGCGAGUCCAUUUCGGCAGGGGAUAAUCCGUGUAUACAUUGCCGUGCGCCUAUUGCGUAAAUGGAAGCGUUCAGGCAUGGAUAUCGACGCCUUUAUCUUCUCGUUCCUCACACAGACAUCUAUUGGACAGACAGCACAUAUGAUAAAUAUCUAUCAUACGAUUGUAGAAUUGAUCCGGUCGCACACAUUUUCUGUUGGUCGAUAUCUACAGUGGCUGGUAGCAAGAGGCGCCGUCGAACAGUAUCGCCAGGGAAGUUCUCCCGAUUCUCAUGUCCCGGUUGACAUAGAUUUGUUAUUCCAUAUUCCCAGUUCGCGUCUUCCACGACAUCUGCGCAAUCUUCGAGACACCCUCAUGACUCGCGCAGGUUUACUUCUCUCUUCCGAGACAGCCAUUUUACAAGGUAUCAAAGGCGAAUUGAAAAAGCGGCUCCCUCAAGUACUACGGAAAGAUGACAUUGAGGAACAUAAAAUGGCGAUUGACCUUGAACGAAACAAUCUUACCUGGUCUAUCAAAGCCGAUAUUAGCCAGUGGAUUCGAGCAGCUGUAUCCGAACAUUAUGAAUAUGGCCCCAGUUACCAGCAGAAGAUUUAUCAUCAUGAAGGCUCAAUUGAAGUGUCAUCAUUGACUCAUGAAGAAUUUCUCACCAUUAGAUCUACACUUGAGCAAUAUGGAGAUCUUUCAAUGCUCGCGGAUAUUCUCAUCAAUGCAUCUAACUCUGACGAUGUUCAAUUACUCACAUGUGGAGCCGAUACGCUAAAUUGCCAUUUCGGUUGCUUCACCGUCAUCGGUGCUCUGAAUGAUUUGUUCAGAAAUUUUUACGAAGCUUUCCUUCGCGUUAAGCACAACCCACAACCUGUCUAUGACCUCGCAUAUUCGCUUUGUGAAGUUGCCCGCCGUCUUCCCAAUGGUGUAAACUCACUCCUUGUGCUUCGACAAGCGCUCUCGAGAGCGGAUCGUAAUCUUGCGCUAGCUGCCUGCUCUCCUGUGUCCGACCAUGUAGCAGAGACAUUGAGUGAUUCCAACCCUUCUUUCAAUGAGGACAUGGAUCAACUUUUGUCGUCUGGCAACAGCAUGGAUGAAACUACGAUGAUGAUCGUCUUUCAGAAAUUGAUUCAACAACUUGUGCUUUACGACGAAAAGGAUGCUUCCAUGCCCGGCACGGUCUGUCGCCAUCUAGUGCAGUUGAGGUCAUUCAAUCCUAAACAUUUUGAUCUCUUGUUGGUCCAAUGGCUCGAGGCAACUAUAAAGACUACUUCACGACCCAAGUUGUCACGUACCCUGCGCCCACUCGUUAGCAUUGGAUGUGUAACCUUACCGGCGUUUGCCAUCUUGAUUAAGAAAGUUUUGGUGCCUGAUUUGCUGAAUCCCACGGUUCCGGAGCCGCUAGAACUGCUCGUUGAUUUCUUGGAACUCCUUGUUCCUGUCCAUGAUCUCGGACCAGUUUGCGAUUUCCUGUCGUACCGCUUCCGCAUCGCCCAGGAGGAGUUUCUUUGUGAACACUCUCAUGAAGCUCUUGGUGUCAUCCAGGAUGCCGUUUCUCAGUGCACUCAGGCUCAGUCAAAGGAUUUGCUUGACGACCAGAAACCCUUAGUCAGAUAUAUGGUUCCUUUAUUGCGGGAGAUUAUUGUGCGCCAUCCAGAUGACAUCACACUCGACACUAUUCGCACCCUGGUGAAGGGAUAUCCGGCAUUCGGUUUGGUUGUCCGAAAGACGGUCGAUAUGCUUCUAAAUGACAACAACCAAGGUAGUUUGGAUUUCUUAACCGAGGCCGCGACGACUAUCAAGAAGACAGAUAAUCUUUCAUUGCCUUUGUGUCAAAUGAAAUUACAGAUCCUUUUCAACGAGAAGCAUAGCGAUGAUAUCAUGAAUACCAUCGUGGAUCUUAUGUACAAAUCAGCAAUAGCUGAUGUUCGCGCUGGCCAUACUUACUGGCUUGAUCUGGUAUCUACGAUGGGUCAAGAGGCCGCAGAGCAGAUUCGCCAGAGAGCAGAGAAGGAAUUCUUCUCCGUAGCUCAAUCGGAUAGCGCACUAGAGAAAGACUCGGAGAGCGAAAGACUUGAUCUUCAGGAAAACGCACGCGUAUAUCUAGCCGUCAUCGACGGACUUGCAUAUAGCAUCCCAGAAGAGGGUGUCCCUUCCGUGGGACCUCCUUUGGUCGAGAAGCUGAAUUCGCUUCUUCACAAACUCUUUGCGAUGCACGUAAACGUGAGAAACUUGAGUGAGCUCCGCAAUCAUACAUCGCCGGGGGUGGCCACGCAUUCGAUUUCAGCUUGCGAGGAAAACUUUCUAUUUUGGUUCACGGCAAUACUGCAAAUGAUUCGCAUUCACCGAGCAGCGUUUGACCAACCGGCGUCGUCUACAAAUAAUCGUCCAGGUGCAUUUAUAGACCUUUCUCGAACUCUUAUUAUCAUAUGCUGUCUAGCAUUAUCACGGACGCCGAUGGGGUUCACAGUUCAACCUCGACUAGACCUAUCUGCAUUACCGCCUUUUAACACAUCGACAAGCGAGGUACGGACGGAGAAUACCAUUCAAACUUACGCUUUGGACAUGGCGUCUUCUCUCGUUGACAGUCUUCCCGACGAGGCCCGCCAACAAUGUGCCAAUUUCAUCCGGGAAAGGUUCCCUCCAUCCUUGCAUGUUCAAAACGAUCCUCGUUUACUAUUUCUAUUUGGACCCGUGUCGGAAACCUUUGCUCCCGGGUCUGUUUCGGUUUCAUCGCCAGCAUCGACGUUGACACCGUCUGCCAAUCCACCUGCCAUGUCUGCCGUCAACACAGGUACGGUUGUAGAAGAUUAUUCGGCAAUUAGCAAUCGGCUUCGCGUACAGAGUCGCGGACGUAUAGUCGGUUCGUACUCGCUUCGCCCAUGGGAGAUGUUAGAAGAGGCAGCUCCUGUGGUUGGGGCUAACGACACUGCGAUUGAUCUGAAUCUUUUUGGUGCCCGCAAAGUACGGGACUAUUGA